AUGAAUAAUAAUAAUAAUAAUAAUAAUAAUAAUAAUACUUAUGGAGUCGAUAGUAGAAAUGUAAAUUAUUCAAAUCGACAACAGUUGUCCGAUAAUAAUGUCAAUGUAAAUAAUUCUUCAUGUGUUCUACAAACUCCUAUUGUUGAUUAUUAUGAACAAGAAUGUUUUAAUGAAAGAGGAUCUCGACAAAUAUCUAUUUAUAAUAAUGAUAUUUAUCAAGAUAAUACAAAUCAUUUUUAUCGAUAUAAUCUUAUUUCAUCAACAUCAAAUAAUCAAUCAAGUGUAUAUCCAUGUCAAAAUGGUUUAAUUGGAAAUUAUUGUGAAGAAAAUGUUUUAUCAUCCGUGGGUCAAAAUCUAUGUUCACAAAACGAUAUGAUAAAUUCAAUUAAUUCAAUGUCUCUUGAUUUAUAUGGUUUAUCAGUAAGUCCUCCUCCUGGUAUGCGUCGAUCAUCCCCAUGUUUAACAUCAUCAAUUGAACCAUCAAAUGAAUUAUUAUCAACAUCAAUUGAUUUAAUUCCAUCAUCAUCAUCAUUAAAUAAAGAAGAACUUAAUUCACCUGUGAUUUAUCCAUGGAUGAGAAAAGUACAUAUUAAUAAUCCAGUUAUUAAUUAUACAAGUGGAGAAACAAAACGAGCUCGUACAGCUUAUACUCGUCAUCAAGUAUUAGAAUUAGAAAAGGAAUUUCAUUUUUCAAAAUAUUUAACUCGUCGAAGACGUAUUGAAAUAGCUCAUUCACUUGUUUUAACCGAACGACAAAUCAAAAUUUGGUUUCAAAAUAGAAGAAUGAAAUGGAAAAAAGAUCAUAAAUUACCAAAUACAAAAUCUAAAUUACCAGAUAGUUAUCCAUCAGCAACAACAUCAUCACCUAAUAUUAUAAAAAAAGAAGAACAAGAACAAGAACAUGAUAUUGAUCCAAUUCUCAUGAGUAAUUAUAUAAAAGAAGAAUCAUUUUCAUCAACAUCAUCCAAUUAA